AUGAACGUGCUGUUGUCGCCGCAACCACCGUCCUUCUUCUCUCAUCAACACGACCCCAACCGACGGUCUCCCACCCGCUCAAUGUCUUUUCAUAACACUGCCCCUACAGCCCGGAAACGGAAGGCCGACGACGACGGUGAUGAGAUGUCGGUUUCGCCCAUGAGCUCACCUGCCGUCCAAUUGCGGCAGCUCGUCCCCCGGCCGUCCAAGAAGCCUCGCUCCAACGAAAUCGCCGGCCGUCCUCUCUCCCUCCUUCGCCUCCUCGAGACCCUCGACGCCACCCAAUUGAGGGUUGUUCUCCAGACCAUCUGCGAGCGACAGCCCGAGAUCGGAGAGGAAGUGGUCAAGAGCGCACCGCGGCCGACCGUCGAGUGCGCGUUGCAUGUGUUAGGGGAAUACCAAGCCAAGCUGCGGAGCGCAUUCCCCUAUGGAGAUUCGAGCUCCGACUACACCUACUACCGAGUCAAGCAGCCGCUGAUGGCACUCCUCGACGCCCUCUCCGACUUCACCCCCCAGUUCCUCCCGCCCACCGAGACGAGUGCCAACGUCUCGCUGCAGUAUCUCGACGGCGCCACCAAGAUUAUCCACUCCUUGCCGGAGUGGGAAAGUCAAAGCUAUCGACAUCACAAAGAGAAUGCGUACGACGAGAUAUCCGCCGCCUGGGCUCUAGCUAUCAACGAAGCUUCUAAGAAGGGUGCCGGGUUCCUCCUACACUCGGGAGGAUGGGAUCAGACUCUCGCCAAGCACAACCAGCAAUCCGGCGGACGGUUGCAGGCCGCCAUUGCCACCAUGUCCGCGCAGGUCGGAUGGGUUGGUGGGGGACCCGGCACCAGCGGUCAACCCCCAGCAGCCAACCCGAACUCGAUUCUGCACCAGUUGAUAAACGGCAACUACAGCUCCCCGGUCCGGGUUGGGCCGUGGUAG